CCCGUGCGUGGGGGCGGGGGCGGCGCGGAGGGAGCGGGAUGGAGGGAGGAGAGGAUGGUGGCGGGGGGAGGGAGGGCAGGAGCGGCGCGGCGCGGAGCGGCGCUGAGCUAAGCCGAUCCCACGUGUGACGGAUCUGGCUGCUUCCCCAGCGCCUCGCUCCAGUGAGAUCCUCCGGUGGCGGCGGGAGGAGGGGGGAAGGGACGGGGCACGGAAAUAAAGGCGAAAGGAGGCGAGCGCGGCCGGCGCGGCGCGCGGGGGGGCGCGCGGGGGGUCUCUCCAGGGGCUCCUGCUCGGCGCGGCGCGGGAUCGCUGUGGGCUCCGCGCGGCCAUGGAGGCGGACGGGAGCCAGGCUACCUCGGGCAGCGCCGGCGACGCGCAGCACGACCCCGGCAAGAUGUUCAUCGGCGGCCUCAGCUGGCAGACCUCACCAGACAGCCUUAGGGACUAUUUCAGCAAAUUCGGAGAAAUCAGAGAAUGUAUGGUCAUGCGGGACCCCACCACCAAGCGCUCCAGAGGCUUCGGGUUCGUCACCUUCGCGGACCCGGCGAGCGUGGACAAGGUCCUGGCGCAGCCCCACCACGAGCUCGACUCCAAGACGAUUGACCCUAAAGUUGCAUUUCCCCGACGAGCACAGCCUAAGAUGGUCACAAGAACAAAGAAAAUAUUUGUAGGUGGAUUAUCGGCUAAUACAGUAGUGGAAGACGUAAAGCAAUACUUUGAACAAUUUGGCAAGGUAGAGGACGCCAUGCUCAUGUUUGACAAGACCACCAACAGGCAUCGAGGAUUUGGCUUCGUAACUUUUGAAAAUGAAGACGUGGUGGAAAAAGUCUGUGAAAUUCAUUUCCACGAAAUCAAUAAUAAAAUGGUAGAAUGUAAGAAAGCACAACCUAAAGAAGUGAUGUUUCCGCCAGGGACGAGAGGAAGGGCACGUGGAUUACCCUAUACCAUGGACGCUUUUAUGCUAGGGAUGGGAAUGUUGGGUUACCCGAAUUUUGUUGCAACGUAUGGCCGAGGAUAUCCUGGAUUUGCCCCAAGUUACAGCUAUCAAUUCCCAGGUUUUCCGGCAGCGGCUUACGGACCAGUAGCAGCGGCGGCCGUGGCGGCAGCGAGAGGAUCAGUCUUGAAUAGCUACAGUGCUCAACCGAAUUUUGGCGCGCCCGCUUCCCCGGCAGGCUCCACGCCAGCGCGGCCAGGAGGCUUCCCCGGCGCCAACAGCCCGGGGCCCGUGGCGGACCUCUACGGCACGGCCAGCCAGGACUCCGGCGUGGGCAACUACAUAAGCGCGGCCAGCCCCCAGCCCGGCUCCGGCUUCGGCCACGGCAUCGCGGGACCUUUGAUUGCAACGGCUUUUACAAAUGGAUACCAUUGAAACGUUACACAUGGUUGGUUGCCAUCUCACUUGGAGGGUCUCUCUGGAUGUCCGGGCAAGGCUGGGCGCAGCUUCUGAGCGGCCCCGCGGUCGGGCGACGCCGUCGGACCUGCAGCACUACAUCAUCCCCGACCACGCGAACUGGAGGUGGCACUCCGCGGACUUAGGUUGUUUAAAAUCUCUCUCAUCAUCUCAUGAAUCUGCUGUACUAUAAAAACAACAGCUUUUAAAGUAUGUAUAUAAAAUCCAUUUCUUGUUCGUUUUAUUUUCUCGAUGGGUUUCCCCCCACCCUGCCUUUUUAAGCCUGUUCAAAUCACAUUUUUUCGUAGCGUUUUGACAUAGUCUCGUAGUCACGUAGCUCUGAUUCUUUGUGUACCUAGCAAGAGCCUAACCAUAGUGUAACUGUUUAUAUUAAGAGUUUUCUUUCUUUUCUUUCUUCUCCCCUCCCCUCCCUUUUCCUCUCGUUUUAUGUAGUCGUUGUUGCUUAGAGGACGCUGAGAUGCUCCCGCGCUUCUCAGCCCUUCGGUACCGAUCGGGGCGCCGCGGCGGCGGGCGUUUCGGGAGCCGAGCGCGCGCGCGCAGCGGGUUCGCUAGCCGGUCUUUGCGUUCGUGGCGUCUUUGUUAACCUGAUUAUAUCUAUUUUCGGCAAUAAGGUGAGGACGGCAAAAUGUUGCGCGUCCUUUUUCUAUAAGUGCUUUUUUUCUGUUGAAAGAGGUGAUAUAAGGUUUUUUGAAAUUGUGAAUUCUGAAAAAAAAAGAAUACUGUAAAUACAAUUCCAUUAACUACAUAUAAACUAUUAAGAAAGAGAAAUACAAACUAUUUUUGUGAUGGAGUCAGUGUAAGGCAGUUUCGCUGUUAAAAUGGAAGAAAAAAAUUAAAGUUUUAAACUUUUAGAUGAACUGCCAGAGCUGGCCCAUAGGUGUUAGAUUAACACUGUUUAGCUUGCUCCGUAGGUGUGUUAGACCUUCGAACUGUCCUAGCGUCAUACCAGCAUAUUAUCUAGUCAUACGUGCACAGCUUACAAAGUACGGUCUAGUUAUAUUUUUAAUUUAAAAACUGCUUUUCCCAAGACUGAAAAAGGAGCUACGGUUUUACUAUUUAACGCAUUUAAAGUUCAAAGCACACCUUUUUUUUUUUUUUUUUUUUUUUAGUUGUUGUUUUAAAUUAGAUCAACUUGCUGUCCAGUCAUUUCAGCUGCUCUGGGCAUCCUACAAAGCUCUGACGGGGAAGCGGUCCCUCUCCGGGGUUGAACGUGCUGUAGGAAGAGCGGUUUUAAAGCUUGCAUUAUUACCUUUUUUAUCCAUUAUUUUCUGUAUUAACAAAUUAGGAAAGCAACUUUGUUUUUUGGGAAUACCUCAGUGCUACAAGUAUCACCCUAGAAGCAACGGAAGAUUUUAAUUUAUUGUAGUUGUAAACAGAAUUUUAAAAAAAUAAAGUAUAAAACAUCAUUGCACUGUGACUGGUAGGGGAAAAACUGACAGUUUCCUAUUUGCACAUGUUUAAUAUUUGGCUGUUAUAUAUAUGGUCCUCUGUUGGGGGAGGAAACUUAUGAAGGAUAUUUUUUAAUUUAAUUUUUUUAAUAUUGGUAAAUAGGCCUGCAACAGCAAAAUAGAAGUACAACACGGUAGGUGGCAUUAAGAACAUACUGUAGUGUGGAUAUAUUUCUUCUUUUUUUAACGUAAUAUUGACAAGUUUUAUUAAUAUUUUUUUAAAUUGUUACGUUUAUAAAUUUGGUACUUUAGGUACAGCCAGUAUAAGACACUGAAUGCGACAUUUGUUAAAAAGAGCUGCUGCACUCCUAUUUUUGUAAAUUUUACUAACAAGUAGACUAAUGUAGACGUUCAAUAGACAAGGUAGAGCAAGGCAUCUUUAACAAAAACAAGGCACCAUACUGCUAACCGAAAGGAGAAAACCUUGUUUUUCUUGUUUUUAAAAAAGAAUCAUGCUUUUUUGUGUAAUAUUUUAGGUUUUUUUCUUAUUUCAGAACAACCAGGUUUAAGCAAAAUGCUGGACGCUUUUUAAAUAUUGAGACUUGAUCAAGUAAUAAAAGAGAUAAAUGAAACAAUUCUUUAAAAAAUAAAAACUGAAAAAAACAACAAACCAAAUUCCCUGGCCGUCGGUGUGUGGGUCGGGGGAUUUUUUAUCGCUCUUUUGUCAAUGUUGAUGAUGUACUGUACUACCGGUUGCUUUUCCCCUCCAUCCCCUGUCACCUCAUAGGCGAUUCUGCGUUGAUCAUUGUUGUCUGUUAAUAGUGUAUAAAAUGGCUAUCUUGUACGAGUGCUGUCCUGAUGCUAGUGUAGUGAAUCCCCCUCUUUCUCUCCUCCUCUUCUAGUACAUAUUGGUAGGUGUAUCGUAAUUAAGGUUAAAAAUUUAGAUGUAGUUAUUCAGAUUUAGGACCAGUAAGGAUAGAACUUUCUCUUAUUUAAGGAAAAAAAAUGCUAAUAAUUUUGGGAAGGUUUUCCUUUUCUUUCUUUUCCUGUUUUCUUUUUCGUUUGUUUUCUUUCUCUCUCUUUCUUUUUUUGCUGAUCUGAUGCGGUUUCAACUAACCAAAGGUCUCACAUUGUUAAAAAUGCUGGCAAACUCUUAAGGCAUUUUGUAGAUCCCCACCCUUGACUUUGAAAAGGGGAUGUGCCAUACUACCUUAAAUGCUAAUGCUAGAUAUGCAAAACUGGAUUUUUUUAAUUUAUUUUUUAAAAGAGGGAGGCACGGUAUAUUAAAACGAUUUUACUAAGAGAAAAAAAAUAUUUUUUUAAGAAUGCUCAGAAGAAAUUGCUAAUCUGUGUGAAUAUGUUUUAGAUGUUUCUAUACCUUUCGAGAAGUCCCAGUGGCCCAUAGCACAAUGUCGCGGAUGCGGUAUGUUUUGACGUGGCUGCCUAGACUGAGGUUCACGUUAGUCCCCCGCUCAGCUACGAGUCCAUUUCGAACGGGGGUUUUCGUUCGUUUGUUCGUUUGGGGGUUUUUUUUACAAAUUUUCGGCGCAAAGGUUCGGCUGCAUCCUAGUUUCAGUGGCGCAGGGGGAGCGCGGAUGGGGCGGACGUCGCCCGUCUCCUUGCGCAGCGGCCAGAGCGCGAGCGAGCGCGCGCCGGGGUUGCGGCUGGUUGUGCGGAUCGGCACCGGCAGCUCUGCCGGGAGCCCUGGAAAUCCGACCGAAUUCGGGUGCGCAGGGAGCCGUCCCCCCCCGCCCCCCCCCCCGCGCCCCCAAACGCGGCAGCGACCGUCCCCUGCGCUCGGCUUGACCGAAACGGGGCCGCGCCGCCCCUGCCCGUCUCCCCCGCUCCACGGCUGCCCGCCUCGCGUGGGCUCUGCAGCUUGGGCUUUAAGGUAGCAUGGCUCGCGGCGGCUGCGCCCGGGGCACGCGGCCCCUCUCCCGAGCCCUCGGCUCGCCGGUGACGGCUGGCGAUGACCACCGGCCGGGCGAUGCCGGUCCCUCCCGCCGCCCCCGCCGCCGCUUCCAUCUGCGGCGUGCACGAGGGCUGGCGACUCCGGCCACAGGCACCUUCCUCUUCCCUUUCCGCCGUUCGCUCGGUGCAGCGUGAUCAAUAAUGAAGCAAUAUAGUUUACUACGUUUUUACCGAAGGCCAGCCGUGGUUAUGUACGAUAUUGCAUAUGAAACUGUUUACACAAACACUAACUCAUAGCUGUCUUUUAUGCUAUGGAAAUGUCUCUUGGGUGGAAUUUUCUGGGUUUCUUUUUUUUUUUUAGUGUUUUUUUUUUUUUUAAGCAAAAUAGCUCAAACAGAAAGCAGAGGUUAGCUAAGCGGAAGAGACAGAUUGCAUCGAAGACACGCGGGCAGACUCUGUGAUCUGCGUACAUACACUGUAGAGUUUCAUACGUGCAGAAUCGAGUUCAAACCCAUUUCUGUGUGCGAACACUACACGAGGCGAUUCUGUGAGCUAAGCAAUACUUUAAUACUGUAAUAAAAAUUUACCAAAAAGCUGAAACAAGUCGUUCGCGGAAGCAGGCCGGGCCCCGGUUCCCAGCCCGCCGGGGCGUGCAGCCGGGCGGGAGCGUCGCUGCGCAUCGGUGCGGCUCCCGCGCCGGCUCCCGCGGCCCCGGCGGGCAGCGAGCCCGCGUCCUCCUCUGUCGUACCAGGUCCCAGCUCCGUCAGUACUAGAGUGCGAGUCUAGCGUUUCGGGUGGUCGUAAAUGUACCUAAAUAAACUAUGGCACAGUGGCAGGCCUAGCCCUUCCUUUUAUACUUUAGUAUGAACUGAUGAGAACUUUGGUAGUGACUUUUUUUUUUAUAUAUAUACAUAUAUAUAUGUAUCUAUAUAUAUCAAGCAUCUUUCAGGUCUCUGUGUAUGGCUUUCUGAAGCCCUGUUGUAAAAUACUAUGUGGAUGGGGGUCUCUCACAUCACAGAUGUGGAAAGUAUAAUUUUAUAUUUGUAUUUUCAAAUAAAUAAGUUUGUGAAAGGUUUCCAUCCUCUACUGUGGUCCAGAAAUCAAUGUGUUUGUCUGACAAAAAAAUACAAUAAACUGUUUUGAACAGA